AUGUCGUCAAUAACAGGAAGCAAGAAAUGUGACAGUGGACCGAGAAGCAGUGUAUUACUCUCAGAAUUUGAUACCGAAUAUGCCUGCUCAGAUCAUGCAAUGGUACGUCACGUGGUGCAGAGUGCAGUACGGAACUACUUCUCGUCAUCAUGCACGAUUCCAGCCCAUAUGACGCUGUGUAUCGACUUCACUGAGAAUGCACCUACACCCAGCAAUUCUACAUCCACUGUUCAGUACCAGGCUCCACUGGUGCAAAUUAAUGUGAGGCGAAAAUUUGAUCCCAGAAGCACCAACCUUGCUACUACUGCUACAAAGGAUGGUGAAUUGCCGAUCACAUCAGCAUCAGAGAAAGAUUGA